AUGGCUAUAAAAUCCCACUCACUACGAGUCUUCUCCGCAGGUCCAAACGGCGGCAAUCCCCUUCGAGUCAUACUAGAUGCCCAAGUCAUGACCGACAAUGACAUGCAAGUACUAGCCAAAAGCCACGGCCACGAGUGCUGUUUCAUAUUCCCUGCGCCAUUGGACUCAAAAUACGACUACGAGUUCCGCUUCUGGGUCCCAGAUCAUGAAAUGGAGAUGUGUGGCCACGCAACCGUGGGAGCUGUUUGGUUACUGUCGAAGCUUGGAAUGUUAGCGAAAGACAACCUCCGGAUUGCAACUAAGAGUGGUAUCGUCGAGGCCACAAUCUCAGUGACAUCUGGAGAUGAAGAUGGAUGUGACGGCGAAGAGGAAGGGAUAUGGGUUGAAGUAUCCCAACCACCAGCGAAGAUGUUGGAAAACGUGCAACGACAAGACCAUAUCGAUGAGAUACUGUCCGUCUUGCGAAUCUUGAAGGAUGACCUUGUUCCGGGUUUAUCGAUUCAAAAUGCAGCAACGAGUAGAGUGAAGACGCUCAUUCCGAUCAAGUCUGUUGCGGCAUUGAACGGUCUUUCACCGCAAUUUGAUCGUCUUCCAUCCCUCUGUGACGUAAUUGGCAGCACAGGUCUCUAUCCAUAUGCAGUGUCCGACCUAGCAAAUCAGGUAUUCGAGGCGAGGCAGUUCCCUAGGGGAGCUGGGUAUGAAGAGGAUGCAGCGACGGGGAUUGCGGCGUCGGCUUUGGCUUUUGGGUUGUUGGAAAAUGGGCUGGUGUUUGACUCCGAAGAGAGUGUUGAGGUGAAGCAGGGGUUCGCCAUGGGAUGUCCUUCUAAGAUUAGCGUUCGGUUUAGGGAAACUGGUGGUGAUGUUGUUGGUUGUUGGAUUGGAGGUUCUGCUGGUUGGGAUUUCUGA